AUGUAUUUAGAUUUUGACCCGAAGUCCUUGAAGGUAGCCCAAUUGAGAGGCAUCCUCAAUGAGUACGAUAUUUCAUUUCCUUCUAACGCCAAGAAGACAGAUUUAAUUAAACUAUUUAAUGAUGAGAUUAAGCCCAAUGCAUCGAAAUACUUGAAAGAGUAUGAGAAAUCGAUAAAAAACCUGAAUGAUGUUGGCUUUAUUAACGCCACAACAGGAAAGACGGUGCGUCGGUCGAAGAGAUCAACAUCUGCUGAUGUAGAGUUAAGUGAUUCAGAAAAAGAAAAGAAAUCCAAGGGAGCUAAGAUAUCUGAGCAGGCUUCUGAUAUUUCAGGGUUGGAAUCAGAUACCGAAGCAACCAAUGAAGCAAAGAAGACGAGAAAAAAGACCAAGGACUCCAAAAAAACCAAGAAGUCCUCCAAGGAAGAAAUAACCGAAAAGGUUGGUGCAAGCUCUGAUGCAUCAGAAAUUGAGAGUGGAGCCAAACAGACAAGUAGAAUUAAAGAUGACGAGAAAAGUGAUGUGAAGGGAACUAUUAACAGUGCUAUUAAAUCCGAAAGCUCAUUUACCAAUGAGAACGUUUUCCAAUCGCCACCUAGCUCUGCAGGUAUAAAGAAGACUAGAUCCCCUUCUAAUUAUAAAUCUCCUUCUACAUCUAAAAAGAGACAUAGAGAAAAUGAUGAAAAUCAAGAAGGUAGCCCCGAUACAACCAAAAAGGCUAAAGUUCCGUCCUCGAAGUCACCAAAGCCAUCGUCAGACACGAGAUUAAAAAGUACGCCUCAUAAAACAGGCCAUUUAUUUGAUGACAAUGAAUCUAGUGAUUCUGAUACAGACAUUUUUUCAAAGAGCAUCAUAAACCAAGUAAAGAGCCCUAAGCUUUCAAAGAUCAAAAAACCAUCAUCAAAAAAGUCUACGCCAGUUAAAGUCGAAAAACAAACUCCUGUUAAAAAGAGUACCCCAGGUGACAUAAAUGCUCUAUACCAAAAUAUAACACCUUCACUGCGCACCCGGGAAUCGCAACAUUUAUUGUCGGCUAAAAGCUCGUCCAAGAAAACCAAUUCAAUCAAGAAUUCGGCAAAAAAGAAUAAUUCAGCUAUAUCUGACAGCACAUUCUUAUCAUUAUCGGAUGAACAGGAUGACUUUGAUAAAGAGCAAAGUAAAAUAAAAUCAAGAGGAAAAUCAAGUACUCAUGAAACACCUAGUGGUGUAGACAUAUUGGCAUCGACUGAUUUGGCAUCGCAAUUAGGUAUUACUAUCCAAGGUUUACCUCCAAAAGACUUCCAAUUAAGUGAUAACAGCUUUGCUAGUAUUAAGAGUCAUACCCCUACGAAGAAGUUAUCCCCUCGUCCAAGAAAGCAUAAAAGUCAAAAGAUUUCACAAACAGAUUUGGAUAAAUUGAGCGAUGAUGAUGAUGAAGAUGAAGAUGAUUACGAAGAAGAAGAAAAAUCAGGCAAAAAAUUUGACAAAAUUCAGAAGGGUAUUGAGGAAGAGAUUGAAAAAUUGAACGAUGUUGUGGAGAAAGAAAAUAGUGUAUCUAUUAGAAAACCUUCUGCUUUAAACAUAUUCUCAUUUAUAAGUUUAUGGUUGAUCAUUUUAUCAGUUGGUUUAUCAGGGUACUGGUACAGAGAACAAACGUAUUUAAUUGGGUACUGUGGUCAAGAGAUAAAUCAAUCUACAAUUCCUCAAUCCAGUGAUUUACCUAACUGGCUAGUCCAAUUUGGAACCUAUUUGGAUAAUAAUUUUAAACCCAAUUGCGUGAAAUGCCCAGCACAUGCUAGAUGUUAUCCUUAUUUGGAAAUUGGCUGUUAUGAAGAUUUUGUGGAAUAUAAACCAUGGUACUUUGAUUUCAUACCUAUUAUUAACCCCAGUUUGAAGAAAUGCGUUCCGGAUACCAAGAAAGCUGAAAAAUUAGAAAUUAUGAUUGAUGUAGCAUUAGACUUAUUAAGAUCCAAAAAUGCUAAUAAGAAUUGCGGUAAGACAGCUGUGGACAAUUUUGAGUCAGGAUUGUCGGUUGACGAAUUACACGAUUUGUUAUUAUUAAUGAAGGCACCAUACAUUACAAAGGAAGAAUUUGAAGAAUUAUGGCAAAGAUCAGUUAUUGAAUUGGAGAAAGAACCCGAAAUAAUUGUAAGGCAAGUUUUUUUUUUUAAACGCUAUUAUUUUAAACACGGAAUUACUAACAUUUAA